AUGAUAAGCGCUUAUCGAUUUAAUUAUGAACAUUUGCCAAAAGAGGUAAAGCUUAAUUCUUUUAAUGCCGAGAGAGGCCUAAUUUAUAAUGAGAUCAUUCGCUUAUUAAAGGAUUUUGAAAUGAGGUAAUUAAACGUGUUUAUGUUAGUUCUUCUAAGCAUUGGUUUCCAAUAAUGAAUUUGCUGUAAAGAUUCAAAUAAAUUUACUCUUUUUUGAAUGAAGAAAGAUAGGAGCUUGCAGAGUUGAUUCUUUCAAGGUUAGGAGGAUUGAAAUCUUCUGUAGGACUUCAGAAUGGAUUUAGCCUUGUUUGCACCAUUAUUUAAAAUAAGCAAAAAUAUCUGUCUUUAAAAGUUGAUUGGAGAUAUUGGCAUUAAUAUUUAUAAGAUAAGUUUAUGACAAAUAAAGAUAAGACAAUCACUAGUUAAACAUUCAGUACUCAAUUAUUUAUGUAAUUUUGUUAAUUCCUUAAAACAGUAAAGUAUUAUUUUGAUGCUGAUGUUGUUUAAUUUGCAUUCUUAAAAUUUCGUGAAUAUUUCGGUUACUAAGACAAAUAAGUUGCAUGGGCUUAUUUAAUGUUAUUUGUACCAUUUAGAAAUGAUAUUCCAUAAGAUGCCUAUAAAGAUCUUAUUAAAUAUUUGAUGGAUCCCUUAUUAAUUUUUGGAGAAAAAGAUAAUUGUAGAUUAAAAUUUAUAUUAAAUUAUAUAAGAGUAUAUCCAUAAUAAAUGAAUCUUAUGCCCUAAAUGAUGAGAUUUUUCCAUGGUUAUUGGCGUAAUGAUUUAGGUUAAGAUGAUAAAAGUAUAUAUUAUUAAUAUUAUUUUAAGAUGAAAAAUUAGUUUCUAUGUUAUUACCAGAUGAUACUUUAGGAGUACCAAGUUUAUUUAAAAUAAUGCCAUAAUUAUUAGUUGAAUUAAUUGGAAAUUCAAAAAGAGAAGGAUAUUAAGAAUAUAUGUUAACAAUGAAGAGACUAUUUUCUUUAGUGGAUUCAAUUACUUCAGUGUAUUCUUAAUAAACUAUGGAUGAUUAAAUAUUUAAAUUACUUAAAUUAAUGGUUGGAAAUUUUAUUCAAAAAUAUAGAAGAGAUUAAUUAUUAUUAAGAAUUUAUGAAAUGUAAUAAAAUAAAAAUUACGGUGAAAAUGUUUCUGAAUCUUUAAUGUAAGAAUUAAUCGAUUAAUUUAAUGAUGUUCAUAUUUAAGAUUUUAUUGAAAGUGAUAAAUAUAUUCUUGAAUUACUAUUAAUUAAUCCAGACCAAGGAUAUUCUAGUUUUUAAAUAAAUUAUCCAAAUAAAAGAAAUUCAACUAAAAUACAUGCUAAAAUUAAUAUUGAUAAAUUAUUACCAUUUUUAUUGGAUGAAUAAGCAAAAUAAGAUUUUAUUGAAAUUGUUAUGGAUGUAUUAGAUAAAGUCAUUUAUAUGGAAGAUUAAGGAUAUUCAACUGAAAAAAACAGUAUUAUAUUUAUCCUGUUUUGA